AUGCGGACUGCCUUUCAGUUAAGCCUCAACGCAUCACUCAAUGAAGGUUUGGCUGCGAUUGGGCGCUUCGACGGGAAAACACCAUCACUUGUGUGUGCGACGAAUACCCGUCAGGUUAUUGUUCAUACGCAUGACACAAGCAACCCCCUAGCGGCUCACCGUGAGGAUGCUUCGGUAGCUCCGCUUCGGACUUUUAACUUUGGUAAGGCACUAACUGCAUUGGCAACUGGACCAAUAGGUGGGAGAUAUGAGAAUGAAGGCGUUGAUGCACUGUUUCUUGGUGAAGCGAACUCUUUGUUAGCAUAUGACGUAGAGCGCAACUGCGAAUAUUAUUAUAAACAGGUGGAAGAUGGCGUGAGUGCGGUAGUGGGUGGUGUUGUGGGCCCAACAGCAAAGAGCGGACCCGCUCCACUGGCAAUUGUGGGUGGGGACUGCGCAAUCAGCGGCUUCAACUCAAGUGGAGAGGAGGUGUUUUCCACCAUAACGGGUGACAGAGUGACCGCGUUAAUGCUUAUGCCCUGGCCAGACGCGGGCGUGUGCGCUUCAACAUCAACGCUGAAUGGCUCACCGGCGUUAGUUGCGGCAUCAGAGGAUUUUGAACUACGCGUGUUUGACGGUGAGGAGCCGAUCACAAGUGUUGGUCUUGCAGACCGUGUGCACAGUUUGGUGUACAGUGGUGUACCGGGCCGGUUUGCGUAUCUUUCAAAUAGUGGUACCGUUGGCAUAUACGACAGAUGUGAGCGUUUAUACCGAUUGAAGGAUAAUCAGCGACCGGUAUCUGCUGCUUUUUGUGAUGUGGAUAUGGAUGGCGUGCCGGAGCUCAUCAUCGGUUGGAACAAUGGAAGGGUAGAGGUGCGCAGCGGAGACGGAAACGAGGGGACUGUUCUUUGUAAGGAAACAUUUGACGCACCAAUAAGUUCUGUUCUGGUAGACGACUACCGCCAGAACGGGCAACCGUUGCCGAUCAUAUGUACGGUUGAUGGAACGGUGUGUGGCUUACAACUGACUGGUACGAUGGGAAGGCACGAAGCGAUGGUUGCGCAGCGGGAAGGGGCGCUUAAGCUUGAUAUGUUGAUGAGGGAGAAGCAAGCGCUCGAGAAGGAGUUAGCAAAUGUGAAGGAGCAGCUAGUGAGGCAGAAGAGUGGUAGGACGGAUGUGACUUUACCGAAGGUUGGAACCGGUGUGGAUUGCAAAUUACAGCCAAACUCGCAAACCGGGAAGCUUGAUGUGGUUUUCAGUGUAAUCAACGGUCAACAAGAUACCAUAAUUUACGCUUGUAUCCUCAGUAGUGAGGCUAUGUUUCCGGAAAAGGGGCACAUUCUCUUUAUGUCACAGGAUCCACUGCCUACACUCGUUUGCGGACUUGAUGUUCCACGGGGCCCGGAAGUGACACUUAAGGCAUCCGUUAUGGUUGGUUCUACCAACGCAGUUAAUUACCAAGUACAUGAAGUCGAUGUUGUAGUCCCGAAGUUUGUCAUGUGCAGGUUGUGGCCAAAUGAGUGGUGUAGGGGAUCCUUCUCAGAACCCACAGGAAGCGUUACUUUGCAGCUAUCAAAGGAUUUUGACUUCGGUAGCGUGUCGCUGUGGCUUCAAAAAACGUUUGACGUACCGUUGGAUCGUGUUCCGGAUACUGCGAGCGAUUUUUCUGUUCCUUUUGUGGAUCUGCAGGACCGCUCCGGAUUGGUGAUUCGGGGAAUUCUCAGUAGAUGUGAGUUGCAGAUAUGUGGUAACUCCAUGGAUAUAUGCAGCAUCCUUGUCGAAAGUUUUGCUACGACAUGUGUUACUGAGGCAACGUCCCGUUGUGAUUUUCCGGAGGACUUCCAGCAACUGCAGGAGACGGUUGAACGUGUUAUAGAUCUUGAUAAGGUGCGGCAGAAACUGAGUGAUGACAUAGCGGAAGCUGCAACAAACAUAAAACCGUUGCUUGUGAGGGCUGAAGAUUCGAGGCUGAUAUCGGACAUUGUAAGCAUGCGUCGCCACUACUCCCAACUGUAUGAACUUGACAAGGAACUUAUUGAUGAAAACUUGAAGCUGUCCAACAAUUUUAAAGAAUUGAAAAGCGCUUUGAAGCGUCUCAAUGGGUUUAUCGCGAAGGCGGGUAAGCUACGUAUCGGCAGGGCGAGAACACAACUUGUAGCCGAGUGCCGUGAAUGCGUAAAGGCAAGUAACAUGCAGUCGCUGAUUAAUCUCAUUCGUACUGGCGAAAAGUGA